AUGAAGAAGGUCUUCAAUAUCGCCGACUUUCGACUGUGCCAGAAAGGAGUCUGCAAUGCUAAUAUGGAUGGCCGAGAUAUUGUGUGUGUCAUGCCCACCGGAGGUGGCAAGUCGUUAACCUAUCAACUUCCUGCCCUCCUGACGCCAGGGUGUACACUGGUGAUAUCCCCCCUCAUUUCCCUGAUGACGGAUCAGAUCCUACAUCUGAGGGAGUCAGGAGUGGAAGCUGUUAUGUUGACAGGGGGAACUCCACGUCCCCUACUCAACGAGAUUCAGCAAAGACUGACAUCCAUGGCAUCAUCUCAGGUGCAUAGACAUCAAGGUCGGGACAUUAAAUUAUGCUAUGUCACGCCAGAGAAAAUAGCUAAAAGCAAGACGUUUAUGUCUCUUCUGCGCAAGCUUGUGGAAGGUGGAAAGCUUGCUCGGAUCGUUAUCGAUGAAGCCCACUGCGCUUCUCAAAUGGGUCACGAUUUUCGCCCAGACUACAGAAAAUUGAGCAUCCUUCGCCAGUUCUUUCCUCACGUGCCCAUUCUUGCGUUGUCCGCAACCUGCCCCCCAAGAGUCCUCCAAGAUAUUCUCAAGAUUCUCAAAAUGAAACCGGUGGUAGAUGGGAAAGCUGCCCCACCAGAUGGGACGGUGUAUUUUUCUGCGCCUCUGUACCGCAAAAAUCUCCAUUACACUGUCUUGCCAAAACCAUCUUCAGCAAAAGAACUCAUCAUGACAAUGUCGGACUACAUUCUGCAAAAUCACAGAAAUGAUAGUGGCAUUAUAUAUUGCCUCGCAAAGAAGGAUGCUGAAUCGGUUGCUGAAAGCAUUCAAAUGGUGAGCAAUGGUCGCAUCAAAACGGGCGUCUACCACGCGAAUGUCGAGGAUGGGCAAAAAGAAAGGCUACACAUGCAAUGGAGGGAAGGGAAAGUUCAGGUAGUCUGCGCUACAAUAGCUUUCGGCUUAGGGAUUGACAAGGGUGACGUUCGAUUCGUACUCCACCAUACAGUGCUGCUUGCCACACAGAAGUCUCUUGAUGGGUACUAUCAAGAGUCUGGACGUGCUGGGCGAGACGGCCAAGACGCAGACUGCGUAUUGUACUAUCGUCCACAAGAUGCUACUCGCCAAGCUUCCAUUACGUGCAGUGACCAGGAUGGCGUGAUGAAAUUGCAUGACAUCUUACGUUUUGCACAAGAUAUGCAAGAAUGCCGCAAGAUCUUAUUUGCAAAAUACUUUUCGGCAUCAUCCGAUCUCUCUAUGGCCUCAUGGACCACGAACGAAUCAGAUGCAAUGGACCGAUGUGGCCAUUGCGAUAACUGCACGAGGCCUCCUGCCAACGUGGAACACAAGGAUGUGACAGUUGAAGCGUGGCAGAUUCUAAAGAUACUUGAAGCUGUGGAAGGUAAUGGCGGGCGCCUGACCAUUGCUGGCCUCAGUGACCUGGCGCGUGGUCUGGGUGGCGGUUCAUUCGAAACUGGUGGCAACGGAAAGCGCCGAAAUGCUAAAGAGAAGAUACAGAUUGAUUAUGAUUCUGUGGCUGGCGGCAAAGUGAGGCUUUCAAAGGACGACAUGGAGUCGCUAAUUGUGCAAAUGCUUGUGUUGCGGUACCUCGAGGAGGCCUUUUCGUCGACGGCGUACACUGUGAAUGUUUACGUCGCACCCGGUAAUCAAGCGCUCCGGCUCACCCGUUUCAUUCGUGAAGAUAUCGUCAAUGGAGGCGGGCCUAGAAUCCAGUGCUCCUUCAGGAGACAUGGGCGCAAAGUAAAGAGCAAGAAGACUACUAUUGACAGGCAAUCUCCUGAUAUAUUGGAUCUUCAAGAAGACCCCACUUCUGGCCCGUCACGAAUUCGGAAACCUGCCCCACCAAGAAAGAAAAGGCUAUAUGAAGAUGUAUCGGACCCGGACGAAGUUGAUGGAGAAGAUUUUACGAGCCAGAUAAAGAUGAUUGAUGCCGAGGAGUCGGAUGUUGACGAUGAUGAUGAUGUGGACUGGGCUUACUCACUUAGACCACCUCGGUCAACCAAGAAACGGCGAAGGAGUGAAGAAAAGGCGAAGGGAAUUCCCGCCAGCUUAAAUAGAAGGACGAGCGGGGAUGAAUAUGAGGUCAUAUCUCUCUCGUCAGACUAA